GUUCAUGACGCUGUGUCAAGUUUGUAUGCCUCGGCCUUGCGUCAACCCGUCCAUGCGCCGGAUUGUCAUGCUGGUGAGAUUUCGCCAACUGGGGUUUCAGCAAUACUGGCAGUCAUUCCAACGCUUACAAUCGCCGAAACUUUUGUUGACUUUGGAUCUGGGAUCGGCAACGUGGUUGCACAAGUGGCAUUGGAGACUUGUGUUGGGAGAUGCAUCGGGAUUGAGUUCCAGGACAACUUGGCAAACAUAGCGAUGAGCCCAGCCGUACGCGAGGAUAUUGACGGGUGCAGUGUUUUAUUUGCGAACAAUAUCGUUUUCGAGCCUACAAGUUUUGCGGCGCUGGAGGACUUUGCAUCUUCAGCAGCAGGUUUGGUCCACGUCGUUGUCAUGGCAACAAUUUGCGGCGGGCACCGCCCAACCUGCCCGCGCAAUUUCUGCUCUGUCUGGACGCUCCGACAGCGUAUCGACGUUCAAGUGUCUUGGUCUUCCCAGCUUCAUCACGCAUACUGGUACACCAGGGUUGUAGAGCCCUACAUCUAA